AUGGCGGUCUCCACCUUCCUCCGUGAGGCCGAGCUCCGCCUCCUGCGCUGCACCCUCCCCGCCGCGGCCUCUCAACGGCCGCCUCCUUUGCCUCCCCCAGUUCACCCGCUCGGCCCCGUCGCCGCCUCCGCCCUCGCCGCCGUCGAGCGUGGGGACUACGCGGCUGCGCUCGCCUCCGCCGCCCCGCACAUCCUCCACGCCCACGGCUCCACCGAGGCUGCCGAUGUCUCUCCUGCGCAGUUCUACGCUGACCUCGCUGCCGCCAUCGAGGCGUUCCUCCAGGGUGAUGUCCGCGGGGCGGCGGACGAGGGGUUCGAGUGCAGGUGCGCGCUUGUUCUCUCCGCGGCGGUGGCCGCGCUGCUGGCAUUCACGCAGCAGAACGUAACGGGGCCUCCGGGUAAAUACUCACCGUUUCCUUUCUCUACAUCAUCACUGGAUGAACGGUGGUACAGUGACCCAGGAGGCAAAUGGGAUGCAUGGGCUUCUGACCAUUUUGUAGCUUCGUUUGGUUCCCACGUUCACGGGGGAUUCUCGCUCCUGCAGUUCAUUGUCUUCGCAGAAAUCUUGUUCACGAGCAUUAUGAGUCUGGAUUCCUCUGGUUUUCGGAGUGUGCCGUGGUGGUUGUGCAGAGUAUCCAUGUCCCAGCAGAAUAUAUUAGAUGAGCUAUCGUCCUCUUUGUUUGAUCAAGUGCAAGUGUACAAGAAUAAAAUGCUGACCCACUUUGGUGAUCUUGAAAAGGUUUUCAGUUAUUGGAGUUCUUCCUUGUGUGAUGGGGAAGGCUCUUCUUUGGUGUCAGCUGCUUAUAUAGAAGCUGGGAUCGCCGAGUAUAAGUAUGGCCGAAUUGAUGCUUCGAGGUUGCAUCUAGAUAGUGCUCAUGAGGCAUGUGGGAUUCAUCUCUCUCUCACAGGGAUCCUUGGUUUUCGAAGAGUACACCAGGUGGACGCCAAAUCCCAAAUGGUACUUGUUGCCAAGACCACUGAACCAGAACUCAAAGGAGCUCUGAGUGAUGUUAUGGAUUUGAGAAAUACAAGGAGUUCUGUUCCUGCUGAAAGUGAUGAAUUUUGCGAUAUACUAAGAACGCCCAGACUAGCUCAAAAUGGGGAUAACUCGAGGGGUGAAAGUAUGACAUGUGCAAGCACACAGAUAUCACUAACCCCUAUCCAGCAGGCUGCUGUACUUGCAGAAUGUUUGCAUGUGAGUCGGAGGAGUCGGAAUGAUGAAAUGUCUGGGUGGGAAAUGGCACCAUACAUAGAGGCAAUUGAUUCUCAGGAUGAGUCUUAUUUUGCGGUUAAGAGCUUGGGUGAUGUUCUACGUAUUAGGUGGGAGUCCACCCGCAGUCGCACAAAACAGCGGGCAUUGUUAAUGAUGGAGAAUUUGAUUGAAGAUAUCGGCAAAGAAUGCCCUGUGGCUUCACAAAGAGCCAAAUUGGUUUUUGGAGUUCAUAUGCCGAGUCUCCCUACAUUAAGGAAAGAAUAUGGCGAAUUUUUGAUAAGUUGUGGUAUACUUGGAGUAGCUCUAGAUGUUUUCAAAGAUCUUGAACUGUGGGAUAAUCUCAUCUAUUGCUAUCAAUUAUCAGGUAAACUUGCUGAUGCAGUUAGCCUAAUAAAUGCCCGGCUCUCCGUUACACCUAAUGACCCAAGAUUAUGGUGUUCACUUGGUGAUGCUACAAAUAAUGAUGAUCAUUAUAGGAAAGCAUUGGAAGUCUCAAGUAACAAAUCUGCUCGAGCUCUGCGUUCUCUGGCUCGCAGUGCAUACAACAGGAAUGACUUCUACGCAUCCAAAAAUCUUUGGGAGUCUGCAUUGGCAUUGAAUUCGUUGUUUCCAGAUGCCUGGUUUGCUUAUGGUACAGCCGCAUGGAAAGAUAAAGAUCUUGAGAAGGCUGUGGAUGCUUUUACUCGUGCUGUGCAGAUAGAUCCUGAAAAUGGAGAAGCAUGGAACAAUAUAGCCUGCCUGCACAUGAUCAGAGGGAAGAGUCAAGGGGCAGUCCAGGCAUUCAGGGAAGCUGUAAAGCUCAAGAGGAAUAGCUGGGAGGUUUGGGAGAAUUACAGUAAGGUUGCUUUGGACACAGGCAACAUUAGGCUGACACUUGAAGCUGUCAAAAUGGUAUUAGCCUUGUCCUUCAACAAACGCUGCAAUGUUGAUUUAUUGGACAAAGUGAUGACCACUCUCGAAGAGCAAGCUACAAAUCUCGGUGAUACUGAAGAAGCUGAAUCCAUAGGCAAGACUUCGGAUGAUAAAAAUAAGGAUACCAUGCAAUUGAGUCAAUUAUUAGGUAUAGUUGGUGAUAUCCUUCAGAAGCUUGUAGGAAGUGAAGCUAGCAGUCCAGAGAUAUGGGGAUUAUAUGCAAGAUGGAGUAAAAGCAAGGGCAGCCUCAUGGAAUGUUCUCAAGAUCUGGUCAAGCAAAUUCGGUCUCUCCAGGGUUCAGGAGUAUGGCAUGACAAGAAGAAGUUCACCAAAUUUGCUCAAGCUUCUCUGCAGCUUUGCAAGGUCUACAUGGAAAUUUCUUCCACGACUGAAAACAGACAAGAGUUAUUGUUAGCUGAGAUGCAUCUUAAAAGCUCCUUAAAACAGGCGUCAGACUUCCAAGACACGGAGGAGUAUAGAGCCCUUGAUGACUGCCUUGUUGAAUUACAGGACCUGAUUGGCGCUGCUUAGACUUGUCUUGGAAACCACCGUCUACUUUUUACACUUGUCGUUAUUCUGGUCAGAGAAGAAUCAUUAUGAUGUUAAAUGUAUAACUUUUUCAUAUUGUUCUUCAGGGAAGUUUCUGCAUAAUCAUUUUUACUUCUCUAGCCUAUUAUAUUACAAAAUUAUUUUUAGUAAAGUAGAGAGCUUGAUGGCAUUAUGCUGCCAUAUGAUCAACAGGGUAUUAAAUGCAUACUGCAGAGUGUAGAUGGUGAAA